UUGUUUUGUCCUUAAACCACAACCCACGCUUCAAAAGCUUAAAUUUCCUUAAACCACAAUCCACGCUUCAAAAGCUUAAAUUCAAACACCGUCACUUUAAUAUCCUUUUGCUUCCCUCCAAAAUAUCUAUAAUUACCCAAUUUAGGACAGAGACACCGACACCGACACUAAGUUCUGUUUUACAAACCUCGAUUACGACGUUACGUUUGUUGCGGAAGAAGCAACGAAAAUGGACGUGGAGAAACGUUUCCGUCAAAGUUUAAGAACUGAUAGUUUACAACAAGAAGCGGAUAAUGCCUAUAUGGAUGAAGGAGAACAACUACAAUACAUGGAUCAAGAUGAGACAAGACAAGAGAACAUCACAUAUAUCUCCCUUUUCAAGAGCAUAGACAGAGGAGACUUUGACGCCAUGAAAGAGUUUCUCAACAAAAACCACGAGGCUUUAACUUCCAAGACAAUGUCAAACGGCGACACGCCUCUUCAUAAAGCCGUGUUGUCGGGUCACAUCAAGAUCGUGGAAGAGAUUGUUCGACAAAUUCACGAUCCAAACUUCUUAGAGACGAAGAACGAUAGCGAGAUGACUCCUCUCACUUAUGCUGCGACCGGAGGUAUUGUGAGAAUUGCAGAGUGUUUGGUGACUAAGUGUUCUGAUUUGGUCAGCAUUGGGAACAAGAAAGGGCAUAUUCCUGUCGUUGUAGCUUCCUUGUACGGACACAGAGAUUUAGUUCGGUAUCUAUACUCUGUUACUCCUCUGCGUGAUCUCGAUCCAUCUGAUGAAUCAGAUGAAAACAAGGGCAAGAAUGGUGCCAUGCUCGUUACCAACUGCAUAGUCGAUGGAUUGUACGAUAUAGCGUUGGAUCUGAUACAACGGUACCCGAAACUUGUAUAUAUUAGAGAUUUUGAUAACGAUACAGCGAUCCUUGCUCUCGCUCAAACGCCUUCUGCUUUUCCGAGCAGUACUAAUCUUAGAGCUUGGCAAUGGUGGAUAUAUUCCUGUAUUCACAUACAUAAGCCUCAUGAAGUUCCAAAUUACCAUAAACGUACUAGAACCAGAGGAGAUCAUACGUUCCGAGACAAGGUGUUGAACUCCCUCAAGUUUCUCUUUCCACAUAUAAACCAAAUAUACAAACUGAAGCUGGGACAUAUCCAAGCAAAAGACAUAUUAGAGAAAAUCUGUCGAGAAAUAGCAAUCCUAGACUCGAGGCAACACGAGAACGCGUGUCUGAACCAGGCAUUGUUCAAAGCCGUGGAGAACGGGAUCGUUGAAUAUGUCGAAGAGCUAAUGAAGCAUUGGCCGGAUAUCGUAUGGUUCAGAGACAAGUUCAAACUCAACGUAUUCCUAUGUGCAGUUCGGCAGAGACAAGAGAAGAUAUUUAGUCUGAUUUACAAGAUGGGAGGGAAGAAGAACAUCUUAGCCACCGCUUGGGACAGGAACAAUAAUAAUAUGUUGCAUCAAGCUGCGUUCAAAGCUCCAUCUUCUAGGCUUAAUCCUAUUCCAGGUGCAGCUCUUCAGAUGCAGAGGGAGUUGCAAUGGUUCAAGGAAGUGGAAAGUCUAGUGCAACCGAAGCACAGGAAGAUGCUGAACUCAAUACAAAAGAAGACACCACGAGCUCUAUUCACAGACCAGCACAAGGAGCUGGUGGAACAAGGAGAGAAAUGGAUGAAAGAGACAGCAUCUUCAUGCUCCGUAGUUGCUGCCCUAAUCGCUACGAUGAUGUUCUCCGCCGCGUUCACAGUCCCCGGCGGCUACUCCGAGGGCGGAACUCCGAUCUACAUCCGCCGGAAAUCCUUCAUGGUCUAUAUCGUCUCUGACGCAAUCUCUCUCUUCACUUCCUGUGUCUCUCUCCUCAUGUUCCUCGGAAUCCUCAAAUCUCGUUACCGGGAAGAGGAUUUCCUCAGAUCGCUUCCGACAAAACUGAUCGUGGGUCUGGCUUCGUUGUUCCUGUCUAUGGCGUCGAUGAUGGUGACGUUCGUCGUGACUCUUACGAUGACGAUUCUCGUCGGCGACAAUGUCUUGUCGUGGGUUUCUGCUCCAUUCAUAUUCUUGGCCGUUAUUUCUGUCGGAAUUUUCGUCGUUCUUCAGUUCCCGGUGCUUGUCGAGAUCUUCUGUUCCACGUACGGACGCGGUGUUUUUGAUAAGCCUCGCUCUUAAUUAAUUUUAUUAAAUAAUCUGUGUUUUAUGUUAAUUAAUUUGUUUUUGUUUGUGGCUGAACCCGUGGCCUUGUUAAGUUUGGGCUUAGCCCACUAUAUACCGAGUUUUCAGGCCCCUUUAAUUUCAA